AAUAGCAACAGAAACGAUGUAAGAGUCUAACUACGUGACUGUGGAAAGAAACAUGACCGCAUCAACCGACGAUGAUGAGAACUUUCGACGGCUGCUUUUCGCGGAUUCGCAAGCGGCUCAGAACAAAUCGGCCACCUCCACGGCUUCAGUUGACUUGUUGGGCGGUGCGAGCGACGUAGAAGGGACUAUUGCUGCUCCUGCUGCGGUUCGAAGGGAUCAGCAUGGACGAGCAGUGUCCUCUGGGAAGAUCAGCACCAGAGAAAGUAGGCCAACACCCGAGCAAGGUCCAACUGUUGAUGACUUCUUUCUUGGAGGUCCCAGUGGACCUACCUCGAUCAAGAACAAGCAAGAAGAUGUGGUUGUUUUCACUGGUUCCGUUUCCUGUGAGAACCCUUUCGCAAAUGCGGAGAACGAAGCUGAGGUGAAAAGGAGCUUUGCUUGUCAACCACUGGUUGGACUAGGAAACGGCAUCGACUUGGAUAUUCCCGUUGCAGGCAGUUCCUCUAGUACCGGUGGCUCUUGCUCUUAUGACUUCCGGAAAGGUCCCAUAUUGAAAUUGAAAAGCAUCUUUGGACCUGCGUGAUAAGGGGACGAAAAGGGUCCAAGACGCGUCUCAAAAUGGGAGAUUGAUGUUCCCGAAGGGUCUAAUCCUCAUCUAGUACUUGGCAGCCGUCGUACAUGCGAAAUGACAAUCAUGUUUCGCAAUUGGAUCUGAGGGAAGUGCCCACGUUUGGUGAAACGCUAGCUCAAAUGCGAGAUGAACUCCGGAUCUGGUCACCAUUUUCUUUGGCACCGUUUGGAGGUACGUCGGGCUCGGGACGAGACACUGGUGGCCGUGGAGGUGACCAACCAGGAGAAUACGUGUCUUCAAUGCUGUCGAAUUUCGCUGGCGGUGCAGGUGGAAGUAGUACUAGCAGUUCUUCUAGUGGUACUCACUCUCACACUCAUCCUUCUGGCUCUUCAAUUGGUUCCUUUUUAACCGGUCCUUGUGAAGGCGGGUUUGCGUUUGCAACAGGAACCACAGGUCAAAAACCCGACGAUAACGAAAUCAAUUUUGAGGAUGACAUAGAUUUUUUCGCCUACCACAUCCCGAAUCAGAUGCGCAGGGCUGGGGCCUUUUCGUUUUCCAGAAUGAGCUUCGCCGAUUUCAUGCUGUUCAUGAAAAUGGAGCUUUUAGAAGAUCGUUGUCCCGCUUGGUCAAAAUAUAUUGUCGGCGUGGCUAACGCACGCUUGAUUGUUCUCUUGUGGUUGAACUGUUUCUUUCAAUUGAAUCGGGACAGCGUGAGAGGUCACGAGAGUGAGGAAGGAAAUAGGACAUGAGGACAUAUUGUUUUUUGAGAAAGAAGAGUCUUUCUUUUGAGUAAAAGAAGUUUGUUUUGUAACAGGGGAAACAAGAACAAAGUCGAGCAAAAAGGAAGAUCGGUUUCUUUGUUGUGGAUGAUUUGCUAACCUGUUAUGUUUGCAUGGAAGGAAUGGCUAAUCAUCAAUUAACGUGAAGUCGUUUAAUUGUCUGGACAUCAACUCAAAACCAAUAUGUGUGUGUGUGUGACCUAUUAUCCUUUUUCCCUUCCCUCAACUCUCUACUCGCACGUGACUCGUUGAACGUCCACUUCGGUGGCUCAAGUUUGGAUAUGAAAUUGUUAUUAUAAACAACUUGUGAAUCGAGCAUUGACCGCAAUGAGAAAACCAAAAACAUAAAACUCAAGUGGCGAAUACGACUGUUGAUCAGCGAUAUCGGCGCCGCGUACCGUGCGUGUUCAUCCCAUCGGUUUGUCAGGUGAGAAGACCUGCGAACCCGAUCACCUACUUUCGACAGUGGUAGCGGAACAGAGUGGUUUUACAACAACUCGACCGCUACGGAAUAGCGAUUCUCCACCGGAGACGAUUCGACGCGAUCCUCCGGGAAAUAGUAUGAGCCCAACUAAAACUCCGAAUAGUAAAGAAAAAUAGUAGUGAUCAAAGUUACUUCUACCGAUGAGUAACGCGACGCACUCGAGGUCUGAGAGGAGAUACCACUCGUCCAGUGACGGCUAUCAGAACACGGCAAUGUCGGCGGAGGACCUGGAUCUAGAGAUCGAACUCGCUGCAGCGAACGAUCAGAACAUGGUCGCCGAUCUGGAGGCCGGAGGAAUAUCCGCACAUGACAGCCCGGCUGAUAGAGGUGGAGCACCUCCUCCUCCACCUGCUGACGCACCUGGGGGACCUCUGUUCAAUGCGGCGGGACCGUCAACAGUCAACAACAAUAAUGUAGUAGGAGGAACGGGUGGACCAUCGUCAUCAUCUACAUUCAACCCGUACCUUCCCAAUACCUUGCCGUCUCUCGCCAACCCGCCAGGACUAGGACAACUGCAGCUGCAGCCAGUCAAUCCCGGAAACAACCUAGUUUCCUGGAACAUGAACGGACAGAAUCAACUUCAGGCACAACAGGGAGUGCGACGCAGUUCUGGGGUAGGAAUGAGCACUCAGGACUUCAUCGGUGCGGGAAUGCGAAUAAACCAGCGAACGGGUGUGCUGGAGGAGAGAGCGGCGGCUACAAGCCAGCAGCUUGGAGGGAUGAGCGACCAGAUAGGAAAUAUCGUUCACCAGAUGUCCAACGCGGACACCUAUCUCCAGAAUGCCUUCGCCAAUGGGGAACGUAACAUCAACAACAUGCAGUUCCAAAUGGGUGAACAAGUUCGAGGGAUUGAUAACCGAAUGCAGGGUCACGUAAUCAACCAGAACAAUAUCAAUCAAGCGGUCACCAGCGCGGUUACGUCUGUCAAUAACAACAUUGGGGGACUUAGCCAGGCACAACAAAUGAUCCAGAAUCAACUGAACAACACCCAGAACAUUGUGGAGCAACAACUUACGCAGGCGUCCAACGCGGUGGGAGGAAUCAAUCAAGCAGUUAGCCUGCUGCAGCAGAACAGUGCAGCAAGUAUUAACCAAGCGGUUGGUUCAGCAGAGCAGAGAGUCAUGUCGCAGCUCGGAAAUCAAAUGCAGGGGAUGUUCAAUAACAUGCUUCUUCAGCUUCAGAACGAACAAGCAAGGCGUACAGCCGUCCCCGAGUCAUCGGUUGAGGAAAGUGGAACCGGGUCGCAGCAACAGAGCCGAGUCCCAGUGCAACAACCACAUCAACAAAUGGAAAUGACUGCAGAGAAUCCGGGAAGGAGCAUGGCUCCACCAGGACCGCCGGGCGGUGGAAAUGUGACUGCUCCUGACAACAACCCGUACAGUUACCAGAUGCCGGCGAACACAGCUGGAGCAAACGUCGCUACCGGUCAGAGAAGAUGGAGUGUGCACGGAACAGGUGCUGACCCAGGACUGGGAGGCGGAAUCGGAUUGGGCGUCCCUACAAACGCUACAGGAGGUAAUCCACAAUAUGGUGGAGGAGCCUUCGGAGGUGGACCACACUCGGCGGGACGAGGAGCAGCAGGUAUGAGCUAUUCGCCGGGUUUUUACCGAGGGUAUCACGGUGACGCAGUGCCGCUACCGAAUACCAGCAGACCGCCAGGCUACGGAAACUUCACGAUGCCUGGAGGAGGCGGCCAGGGAGGACCAAGCGGGUCAAGUGACCUAGGAGUAGUAGUGCGGGAAAUGUGGAAGUUUACCAAGAUCGCAUUUGAGUCGACUUACAAGAGGACACACAACAUUCCCCACGUUCACGAAGGGUAUCUUCUUAUUGCGAAAGACAAGCGUCCUGACAAAGAUCCUCCACGAGUGGAAAGCUACGCGAACCUUCGGGAUUGGCUGAGCGCGAUGGAGUCAUACCUCCUGCGUUUAGUGAUGAAAAGAGACGAGGAGCAGUACCUCUUCCCUGAGGAAUUAGAAAACGAGAUCAUAGAAGAGCUUCUGUUUUCUAGUGGUGACGUCGAUACUAAGAAGACCAAGUUUGGACGUGUCUUCAAGGAGUCACAAAAGCAGAAACUUCGCCGUCUUCGCAUCAAACUGGGAGUCCGGUGGACGUUGACGUUUGAUAACCUUAACAUGCGUCUCUACGAGAUCUAUCGUCAUGCGUUCAUCCGAGGGCGGGACGAGAUGUCGCGGUUUAUGGAGUUCCGGCGUCGCAAGGGAGAAAGCGACAUUGAGGUCCUGCAGCGGUACACGCAGGAGGCGGAGGAGGCAUUCGUCAAUCUCUUCCCGUCGAGCGCAGCAGAACGCAACCACGUCUGGGAGAUCUUCCUGUCGAAGGUUCCUGACUUCGCCCCUAAGGAAGUUCAUGACAUGAUGGUUCACACCCAUUUCGGGCAGACAGGAGUUCCAUACUUCGAAAACAUCUUGCAGUACAUGGAGUACCUGGAGGGUGUGAAGGCAAUGCACCGGCGAGAUGAGCAACCUCCUCCUAGUUCCACGGCUGGAGUUACUCGCGAGUCAGGCGGUGACGUCACACCUCAACAUGUAGGCGUAAACGUCCUCGAUCCAAAAUCAAAAUACACCUACAAUGCUAAGAACAAGACUGGAAAUUUUCGCAGCGCCGGAGAUAACAAGAAGGGGACCGGAAAAGGGUUUGGAAAAGGAGGAGACCGAAGAGACGGGUUCCGUAAGACGCGUAGAGUGCGAUGCAAGUGGUGCUGGGGCAAACAUGAGUCUGACAGUUGUAGGCACAAGGGUAAAAAGGUUUGCGGAAUCUGUUUCAGUGAACAUCAUCUUCAAGUAGAUUGCCCACAGAAUAAGAAGACGCUCAAUAAGACGAUGGGCACGAAGGAAUUUCAAGAAAAACCCAUCCAAGAAAAGAUUGCACACAUCUUGGAGGCACUAUCCAGCGAUGACCAGGAGAGGGUACUUCUAACAACUGUGGGCAGGGAUGACUCUGCGCGAGAAUUUGUUCUCCGAAACGACGCGCGAAAGACCGAUGAUCAAGUCUUGUGCAUUGAGAUCGACGAAGGUGACGGCUCGGAUAAUUACGAGGAGGUGAACUUUGGUGGUGAUGACGACGAGAUGGGCGAAAGUGAUGAAGAAGAUGAACUUCUCGAGAGACCUCACUUCGCCUACUCGAGAGGAGGAACCUCAUUCGCCUCUGACGCACUCGCGAUUUCCGGAUUCUAUGGGAAAGUCGUCGAGGACGAUGGACACAAGAAGGACUUCUGUGCGAAUGAGAUCCGCGAGCUCGUGACGGAAAUGCAGAAGGAGCAAAGCACAUCGUCACCUGACGCAGUGGCUAAGCUGAAGACGAUCGAGGAUGAAAUAGAAAGAAUCAACUUCACCACAGAACACAAUCUCAUCCAGCUGGAUACUGGGUACAACAACAUCACAUACGUCAACACCGGAACCGCGGAAGCCAGUGCGGACCGUGCGCGCAGAAAUGGACUUACCGUGCGCACAAAACGAUGCUCUUCAAAGUCGCAAGGUAUCGGGAACUCUACACAAGACAUUCUCGCACGUCACGUGCUUCCCUACCGCGUUCUCAACACUGAUGGGUCACUGUACUGCAUCGGCUUCGCCAAAGUCACCGAGACGGAAUUCGGACCAAACCUGGCUGGUCUUCUGUGGCAGAAAGAGAACUUCUUGACAACAAAAAUUAAGCCUGGCGCGCCCGACGUCAUUGAAGGACAUGAUGACUCGGUGAUUGCCGACUUUACCGGGCAAGAUCAGAUCUACAUCUCACUCUUCGACUGCGGUAGUUUUGAGUACAAGCUGCUCUCUUACGUCCAGAAACACAACCCGGAGUCCACCUGGCUCCGGCCCAUCUUCACGAACAAGAUCAAUGUUCCGAAAGACCAAGUGCAGCCAACGCGACCAUUUGAUCCGCUAACAAUUGCGGAUUACGAGAAAUUGGUGGAGCAAGAAUGCAAGGAUGGGCAGGAGCAAGCCGCUUAUGUUGCGCAAGAUCGUGAGGAGGAGGCCUACGCUGGAGGCAGCCUUUUGGAUGGGGAUGAGAACCUCGUGGCGGUGGAUGAUAGAUGGGAAGUCACCCAGCAGGAGGUUCGACGAGAGAAGGACCAUGGAAAGUACGCCGUGUACCGUGUCCAGGAGUAUGGUCUUACUUCUUUACCUGACGUGCCCAAGUGGCUGAAGAGUCGGGUCCGUCUGCGACGCUGCAUCAAUGUCCUCACCCAGGAGCGCGCGGCGCCGGACAUGCGUAACGAUUGGUUACGCACCAGACAAGAAGUCCAUCAACCUGUCAGUAAAGGAUACAUCUCUAUUGACUACUACUUCCACGUCCCAACUAGUGUACCUCCGCGGACAGCACCAGGUUGGAUGUCUGAGGCAGGAAAAUCCGAGUACGAAGAACAAGAGCGAGUGGAUAGAACCCGCGGUCGUCUCUCCACCGACUUUUGCAAGUCGUCUGUCUUCUUCUCGGACGUCGUGAAGUACGAGGAAAUCGGAAAAGGGACCAUCAUGCAAUCUGUACAUAACGGGCCAAGUGCGCGUGCAUUACUGAAGCAACCCACUAAGUUGGAUGAGGUGCGAAUCUUCACGUGCAGGGAUCUUGUAGAUGUUCCACCUGUGGUCCGGGACACUGCCGCCAUCAUCGACGUCGAAGAGAUAGACAAAUUCCAGCCCGAGGACUACCUCGAGCAGCGAACUUCGUUGACCGGACACUCGCCGGAAUUGCAAAAGAAGGUGACUUCUGCGCAGGUCAGACUCGUAGUGGGGGAACUAACGAAGAAAGCAAGGGUCAUCAUACGCUGUAGUAAUGGAGUAGGAAUGUCUGUGGCCGUGGCGGAAGUAGUCAGAGAUCAGGGUCGACAUCAUCAGACCAUGCACUGCUCCCUGCAAGGCCAACUCUUCAUCAACCGGCACAGUCUGCUGCCGGACGGCACAACCAUCAAGUACAGUGUCGAAGAACGUGCUCGGGUCGAUACGCUGCUUUCUCCAAUUCGGCAUCUGACCCAGACAGAACGGAAGAAACUGCGCAUGAUCCAGGAGUGUCUGUACUACCACGGAAGGCUGCUUCCCCACGAGAAAUGCGUUGCUAUUGCGAGAUCAAGACUUCGCAACAUCAAUGAGCAGUCGCUUUCUGACCUGGUGCAUCUUGCGCGCCGCGACUCUCUGGCGCGUCUUCGGUACGGAAUGGGUCCCCGAAUUCGAUCCUUGGGAUCGUUUCAUCUGGGUCUGACCAUGUCCUCGGGCGGCGUUUCCUUAAUAGAUACGACCUUCAUUACGGAACACGGGUGGAUUUAUGCGGUGAUUGGAAUCCUGUCAGUCGCGGAUAUGCGAGGAGGACACUUCGUUUGCGGGAUAAAGUGGAAGCUAGAGCCACUCCUAAAGAAGUCGAACCUCAGCGAGGAGCAGAAACAUCAACUGCGCGAGGGCCUCAUGUUCAACAUGAACGACCAGAUUGCGCCACGUUUGCUGCAAGGCAAGGCGUCCCCAUCUCGGGAGGACAUUGCGCGGGCGCUAUACCGCUUUCUGCGAGAGAAACUUGUCCGUCGACGGGUGGUUGCUGACACGGGAACAGAAAAUAUUGCAGUGGAGGACUGGAGACCACUCAGUCGCAGUGGACGGGAGCUCACCAUUCUACCCAGCGGGAAGGCUGUCUACAAAUUGGAGCGGCGCUUUUUGAGCACGAAGACGCUGCAUAAGAGGUUACGCCGACUUCCGUGCUAUUCGAGGAUGCCCCUACAGUUUCUCCUUGAUGAAAUUGAUGAAGGAUUUGCACAGGCUCCAACGGGUGCAUUGAAUGGGAGAAGCCCUGAUCAGGCUUUCUGGGGACUCGAGGAGAGCCUCCGCGACGAUCUUGUCCAUCCGGAUGAUUUUGGUUCUUCCACCCUGGCAGUAAACGAAGCAUAUACGAUUAACCAUCUCACUGAAUGCAGACUACGAGUUCAGGCUGAGCUUCUCCAGAUGCAACUCGAUGAUGCAGAUUUCCGAAGAGGCGUUGACAAGAUCUUGGCCAACUGCCGUGCUGUUUUGCGAGAGCAAGACACACAGGAGAAAGACGUUGGGCAAGAAGUGGAAUACACCAACCCGAAGUCGGGGCAGUCGGUGCGUGGCAUUAUCAUUGCCAAGCGCCGAACGCAAGGAACGAGCGCCUUCGAAUACACGGUUAAAACCGCGGGACGCAUCUUGCCCGCUGUUCCCGCCGAGUCCUUGUGCGGGGGGGUAAGCUUUGAUCACUUCCUCGAUGUCCCUCUAGAUCUCCAACCACUGCUGCCAACCGACUUCCAGAAAGGCGGACGGGCCUACGAAGCCCACCAGCGAUGGCUCGAGCUCAAUACGAAAAUCGAGGAUACCGAACUUCGUCAUCCUUCACGAGCUGCCACUCAUGAAGCAGGACCAUUUUUCUCUUUUUCGACCCCCGGGGAGGGGACCGGAACAAAGAAGAAAAAUGUUGUUCGUGGUAGGAAAAAGCGGCUACCGUUAGAUCAGGAUGGAGAAUCCUCUUCAGACAUUGAGAUGACUGAAGAUGAGGAUGAGCAGGUGCAACGAGAGGUGAACUCAGAGGAGGAGGAUAACAUCGCUCCACAACCUCCUCCACUUGAUGAACUAGACCUGGAAGAACGCGAGCAGGAUGCGGGACAAGAAGAUGACCUUUUAUCAGGAGGAUUAGUUCAGGCCGGUCUAGUUAGAGAUGUCCUCGAGGAUCAACAGGAAGUUUCGGGUGAGAGCAUUUUUGUCCAGUUGGAGACAGGUGAGGAACAGGAGGAUGACAAUAACCACAAUGAGGUAGAAGAACAACCGAACCUAGACUGGCGCUGGGCGGAAGAAUUCAAACUACCAACAAGGACCGAAAGAAGGGCAAUCACGAAACUUCUUCAAAAAGAGAAGGCUGGAUCACUGUCGGAGCAGAGUAUCGCUUUUGGUACUAUCGUGCACACGCUCAUGCAGAAAAGAGAGAUCCCCUUCACACCUGAAGGAAUCGAGCUUCAUCAUGGCUGGGAAGAAAAUAGGAAAGCACUCUCUAAGCCGGACCUGCAAGAGGAAAUACUCGUAGCCUGGAGCAUGCAGGGGGUGCAGUACGUCAAGAGCCGCGAAGAAUUCAAAAAGGCUGGUGGUGUGUAUCUUCUGAGGAUCAUCAUGUGGUGUCUCGACCCAGAGAAAUCGUACGAGGCCCACAACCUCAUGUCGAUUUUGGAUCCGCGUGCCAAGUCUCAUCCAGAAGUUGUUGAACGUCUUCUAGGGGCACUAAAACACGCUGACACGGAUCAUAGUUUCGUGGACUCUCCGCAGGGCCUCGACGAGCGGAAGAUGUUGCUGAAAGGCCACCUGAAGGAGUGGGAUCAGAUGUUCCAGCAAGGUCUGGUCGAGAAGUGGAAACCAGGUAUGCAACACUCUUCGGAGCGCGUCCUAACCGCUAGAGCGAUCUGCGAUCUGAAAAUGAAGACUCCAUGGCAUUUUACGGUUGCUAUACGGAUAGUCCCUGGUGGACAUAAUUCUUCCGUGUCGGCCUCAGCGGAAAGUCCGACGAUGAGCGAGGUUGAAUUCCGCCUGGUUCUGAACUCACUGAGACACGUGAGGGGGAAACGGGUCAUCAAAUCCGGAGAUGUACCGCGAGCGUUCCUGCAGAAUCACAAGUUUAAGCCGGGAAACCGACCGCGAUUCAAGUACCCGCAUAAUGUGCAUCAAGAAUACAUCGUCAAGGAGAUACGCACGAGGUACGGUGUCGGACCUGGAGAUAUUCUGCUAAUGCUCAUCAGUCUCUACGGAUUGCGUGAGGCCGCCCUCCUGUGGUAUAGAGUCCUUACGCAGUUUCUGGAAUCGAUUGGGUACCGCAUCUCUACCGCCUCUCCGUGUGUCUUUUACAAGGAAAACGAACGUGUCGGUCUGCAUGUGGAUGAUCUUCUGUUCGUGGGAAGCGAGGGCGGAUUCAACGAGUUUGCGGCCGCAAUGAAGUCACGUUUCAGACUCACGGACUGGUCCGAUGCGCGAGAUGGGCUGUGUUUUACUGGGCAAAACAUCUUGCACACGAUCGAAGACGGAAAGGAGAAGAUCUACUGUAAUAUGUUUCCGAAGAUCAAGGAGCUCAAGUGCGCGCGAGAUGAUCUGAAGACCGCACCAGAAAUGACCAAGGACGCCGGUGGACAACAUCUUCCCCGUCAGCUUCUCUCUAGUGAAGAGGUAACAUCUUUGAAGGAGAAGCGCGGGUCAGUACUGUUUAUCAGUAGAACACAUCCUGAGGCACGCUUCGCCACGCGGUGCUUGGCCGUCGGAGCAGAUGCGAAUAAGGAUAUCCGAUGGACAGUCGAGCAGGACAAUGUGAUCAGAAGACUGAAGCAGGAUUCCCCAGGUGUUGUGAUGGAUGUUGGGUAUGAAAACGAAUACCUGAUCAUCGCUCCAGACGCUUCUUUUCAACAACCUACUAGUAGUGAAGACGAGGUAGAGAAAGUAGCGGCAACUGAGGCGGUCAACCUGCAUGCGCACGGGUAUCAGAAAUACCAACCAGGAUGGGUGUCGCGCUGGGAGGAGGACGACCGUCAUGUGUUCGUGGGCCAGGGCUCUAAGUGGGGUUCUCCCUUCCUUGAAAAACGUGACGGGAAUGCCGAAGAUGUCCGGGAAAAAUACCGCAAUCAUCUACGACAACACUUCCAGGAUGAAGAGCUAUGCGGUCUGGCCGGGAAGCAACUAGGUUACAUGCAACAUAGCCAGGCAGGCGAGGUGGAGGUUCUCCUGCAGGAGGUCCAUGACGCGGUGGAUAGGUUCGAGGAGUCGCACCAAGCAGGCCUUCUUCUGGAAAAAGGGGAAACCAAACGUCGGAAGAGAAAGCGCUUUGCGAGUGUGAGUGUUCCGACAUGUGAUCCGGAUGCUACGAGCAGAAAGGCGAAACAACUGCGACCGGUGAUAGGCUGGGCCUUGAUCUCCGUCUGCAAGGAAGACUGGGAUAACUAUGAGAAGAAGCAGUUGCCCAUCAAACGAGUCAUGACGGUGAAGGAGUACGAGGAGUUGGAGAGGCACGGAAUUCGAAUGUCUUUCUUGGCGCUCGACACCAUCUUCCUCUCUAACUUGUGCGUCUCCAGCUACGAUGCAGAAUUGCAUGCAAUCGCAGAGGCGAUCCCCAUUAUCGAGAUGGUGCAAGAGAAGUGCCGCGUGUGGGGAAUUGAGUGCUCUGCUCUACUUUUGUCUGAUAGCAAGAGUGCAGUUCUGCGAAUACUAAGCAAAUCGGUGAUAUCCAACGCAGACGCGCCAGUGUUCAAAGUCCUGGCCAAGGUCAAGUCGGCUUAUCAUUUCGGACGCUGGGAACUGGGAUCGAUAACUGAUCGUGCGAAUUUUGGUGACGGAACUACAAAGAUUGUACAAGGAGGUAAGCUCGUGCAGUUCUUGGAAUUGUUAAAAGGAAAUCUAGUGUUACCUAUGGGACAGGUGUGCGUUCAUAGAAGAACGUACACCUGGGAGAAACCAUUGAAAAGAGAUCAGAAGGAAAUCUAGAAGUCAGUGGAGUCUGAAUGGAAGGAUAGACAUCUUCACUCAACAAGGAUCCAACAAUACAAGAAUCAUAAUGAAUAAAUUUUGGGAAAGUAAAAGGUGUGAUGAUCUUCAUUUUUGUCAAAAGAAAACUAAAGUGAGUAUGUGAUCGGAACGCUGCAGGAGACUAAUAGAUGAAUAGUAAAGUUAGUUCAGUAAUGUUUCUUUUUGGUAGGAUUUUGCUUAACAUGGAAGUGAGAAGGGAAGAUCGCUUGACUUUACUUCCGCUAUUGCUUGGCCUCUCAUACAACCUGCAGGAUACGAGAUAAAUUUUGAAAGAAGUCAGCUGUUUGGUUAACAUGACAUAAUUUGGAAAAUUUACAUCAUAUAUUUCAAUCAAAUAACACGAGAGGAAGCUUAGGUCUACUAAAUCGACGCAAUAAGUGUUUGUUAAUCUUGAUACUCAUUGGGUCGUAACUAAUACAGUUUCGGCAAGUCACAACAAAAAGGGCAUGUCUCUAGCAGCUGUCUCAGAUUCGGGCAAUUCUUCCUUCACUUCGAUUCUUCACGACCGACCACAAGUUCUUGGGGGAGUUCUCGCUUCUGCUCAGUUUGAUAGGUUCUUGAGAUCGUCAUUGGAGAAGAUGCAGGGGGAGUACAGCGCGUUGACUGAUUAUACUCACAACGAGCCAGUUGAGCUCCCGGAACAGGUGAAGCGGUUCUCUUUGCGAGAGCUGGAUAACGAGGUGGCACAGAUUGAGGAUCGUAUCUUCCUCAUCAUGUGUCAAGAAUCGACACCAGUCCCGAAGGGAUCGUUUCCGGUGAGCGAGGGUGUCUACAGUCGUUGGCACUCGGUGGAGGAGGUCACCAAAUACGUCAGCCGUCGAGUGCCCCGCUUUGAUCUGAAGACCGUGAAGUUCCUCGUCAACAUUGCGAUCAAAAAUAUGGAGGAUGAGGGGAUCCUUGACACCAACUGGCAGGACCGAAACAAGCAUCAGGUGGUUCAGGUAGCUUAUGUUGAUGACGUGGCUCUGAUGGGAGUGGAAGGCCGUGAAUAUAUCGCUCUAACAAACGAGACUAAGAACAAGUAGUACAUAUUGACGAAAUAACAUGAGUAAGGAAGAGGUGUGUAUUGUUAAGAACAAGGGUGUCACGCUACUAGAAUAAAAGCUAACUAUUGGUAGGGGGGAAAUUAAUUUCCUUUCCUGCGUAACAUUUCUGGUUGGUUCUAUUUGCAACAAUAGGGUAAGUUGAUGCUUGGUGUCAACAGAUAUCUCUUCUGUUAAGUGUGGUGGCUUGGGUCACUAGGUCACUUGAUGACAAGCGUCGUUGUGCAUCUGUACGACAUAAGACGCUGGGUAGGUAAGGACUUCGCUGGAUUUCUUUGCUGAUAACCUAAAGAUUUACUUGAUUAUCCCACGGAUGUCGACAUUGUUGGUUUGUAUGUUCUUUUCAAUAACAGGUUGGAGUUUGUUAUUAAUUGCUAUGUGACCGAAGUGUGAGGAGCCGUGAGUUAGAAGAAAUAAUGAUGAAGGAGUAAGAAGCUGGGAUUGACGUUAGAUGUUAGCUUCUCCCGAGUCUCUUCUCGUUUGAUCUCCGUUGUCCCUAGGGAAACUUUUCUUCCACCCCCCGGGAACUGUCGGCGUGGCUAACGCACGCUUGAUUGUUCUCUUGUGGUUGAACUGUUUCUUUCAAUUGAAUCGGGACAGCGUGAGAGGUCACGAGAGUGAGGAAGGAAAUAGGACAUGAGGACAUAUUGUUUUUUGAGAAAGAAGAGUCUUUCUUUUGAGUAAAAGAAGUUUGUUUUGUAACAGGGGAAACAAGAACAAAGUCGAGCAAAAAGGAAGAUCGGUUUCUUUGUUGUGGAUGAUUUGCUAACCUGUUAUGUUUGCAUGGAAGGAAUGGCUAAUCAUCAAUUAACGUGAAGUCGUUUAAUUGUCUGGACAUCAACUCAAAACCAAUAUGUGUGUGUGUGUGACCUAUUAUCCUUUUUCCCUUCCCUCAACUCUCUACUCGCACGUGACUCGUUGAACGUCCACUUCGGUGGCUCAAGUUUGGAUAUGAAAUUGUUAUUAUAAACAACUUGUGAAUCGAGCAUUGACCGCAAUGAGAAAACCAAAAACAUAAAACUCAAGUGGCGAAUACGACUGUUGAUCAGCGAUAUCGGCGCCGCGUACCGUGCGUGUUCAUCCCAUCGGUUUGUCAGGUGAGAAGACCUGCGAACCCGAUCACCUACUUUCGACAAUAUUGCCGGAAGUCAACCACGGUUAUUGCAGAGAAUGUGGAGCGACCCUAAGAACUUCGCUGAGAGGUUACUUUUCGAAACAAGACUUCCUCUCCUGGUGAUGAAAAGCUUGACAAAGCAGGAUAUGGAGGUACUCUUCGAAGAGCGAUGGCAUGUGGAUUGGAGCGCCGAACGUGCAGAGGUACGAAUACAGAACAUCACCGGUCAGUGGGCUCUAACAUUUCGAGCGAAGAUCAGUAUUGAGGCGAGUUGUAAUUCUAAUUCCAUGCGAGGAGGCGGGAGCUGUAGCGCAAGGGAGACGUCAAGCAGAGCUUUAGAGGAUCAAAUCAACAAGAAUUUGAUGCCCUCGAAUUCUUCUUCUAUGGUGCGCGACGUGUCGAUUUCUUCAUGUAGAAGAAGUAAGAUAUCCUGCAGAUGUGAGUGCGUCGCGUCCUGUGGCAUGGAUCGCGAAGCGCCCUUGAGUCCUGAAGUCCUAGAGGAACUCCUCGACAAACGCAUAAGCGAGUUUGCUGCGUUGUUUAGCGCUAUUGACGCAGGAGUGAAUCGGAGCUAGCAUGUUGUAGUUUUGAAUUUAGCAGUGGAGAUUCGAAAAUCCAACUCAUGUUGCAUGGUCAUGGAAGACAAGUGCUGUCCAAUGAAUUCAUUUGUUGUUCACAAUCUAUUUACGCAUCUUGCCAUGUGCAUAACGGAGAUUACGAUUGAUGAUAUCAAUCGAUGAAAACGUAAACGGCCACGUCGUGGGGGUGUCUAAGAUACCCAAAAUGUGGAGGGUGGUGAUGCUCCCGCUGUAGUGCCGUUCUCGAGAGUAGCAUCAGG